AUGGCCUCGUCGCCGUUGCCUCCCAACCCCUACGAAGCUUUGGGGGUUUCCAAAGAUGCUGACCCUGCUGCUGUCCGUUCUGCCCACCGGAAGCUGGCUCUGAAAUUCCACCCGGAUCGGAUAAAGGACGAAGCCCAACGAGAGAAGGGCAAAGACGAAUUUCAGAAGAUCCAGGAAGCCUACGAAAUCCUAAUCGAUCCUCAACGAAGACAACACUAUGAUGAUCAGGUGCGUCUCGCCGAGCUGCGAAAAGAGGCCAUGAUGCGUGGGCCGCCACCCGCCUCCACGUCAAACACUCGGUCAUACCCAAUGAGACCUGCGCCGCAGCCUGCACCUCCUUCGACUCGUGAGUACAACGAGUAUGGAGAAUAUUAUGAGGAAGUUCGCCAACCUCGGUUUGCGGACGACCACCGAGACCCGUAUGACGAGUUGCCACGAGGCACUUCACGGAAGCAUGCCGAUUAUGAGAGGCGAGCCCCUCCCCCACCCAAAGCGUCCGAGAAGUCGAAGAAGGCGGCAAGUUCGGCUGGGGUAUUCGGCGUUGCUGCGGCUGCUGCCAAAUUCAAGAGUCAGGCAGAAAAGUCCAGAAGUGGGAAAGCGGACGAAAAGAGAUUUGACAAGGAGAAGACGAGAGAAAGGAGGGAAAAGGUUGAGACAAGAAGACCGACGGCCGUUGAUGCGGAGAGUGAUUCCGACUACACAGAGGUCCGUCCGUCCAUGAAGUCCUCGCGUUCGAAGACGACCUCCUACUUCGAUCGACCGUCCGAACGAACACGCACAUCAACCAGGACCGAAAGACCUCGCGACUUCGAAGAAGAGAGCUUGGACGAAAAGUGGGAGAGGCAUCAUGAAGAGAGCAAAGCCUAUAUGGCAAAGGCCGCAAAUCGUCCCAGCUUGGAGCGUACUGCAUCAGACGCCUACCAAUACUGGAUUGGGUCUGAAUCUCGUGGCAGUGGGCGGAAGAGUGGUUCGGACAACGAGAAGAGACCCAGUUCAUCCAAGGGACGUCGCUCCAAUCCGGAGGAGUAUUUUGCACCGCCCUUCACAAAGUCCACCUCCUCACCCUCCAAUCUCCGAGCCCACGUCGAGGAACACGUUUCGGCAAGACCCACAACGCGUGAGCGUGAACGAGACCGAGACAGAGAAAGGGAUCGUGAACGCGAGCGAGACCGGGACAGAGAGCGAGAGCGAGAACGCGGUGACCAUCGCAGCAGGAUACCUCCUAGCCUGCAUCGGGCCCAAACCACGCCGACCCCUAAGUCAUCGACGGCGAGGAAAGACUCUGUACCAUCCAAAGGCUCAAAUUUGAAGCAUGGCGAGACUCAUAUGCACGACUCUGGCUAUGGAAGCAGCUCUAACCCCCACACGCCCGAGAUGAGGGAGGAGAGUCCCCCAAGAACCAAGGCGCGAUAUCCUGCAACCACCUCGACCAAGUACCACAUCGUCGAUCCCGCCGACGAUGGUGAUGACCAUGCGCGGACGCCGAGAGUCAGGGAAAUGUUCGAUGAUCACGGAGAUCGCCCGAAUAGAAGAUAUCACCACAGCCCCGAGUCAGUUGUUCCGGACCUACCGCGGGACUCUGAGCGGCGCAGGGAGAAGCCUGAGCGUCCCCGUGUUGAGACUAAGAAGUCGUCGAAGACCGCUGCCAUGAUGCAGGACUUCAUUCCUCCGACGGUGCGAAGGAGCGAGUCAGGGCGAUAUGAAGACAGACCACCCCCACGCUCCCCACAUGAUGCACCGUCGAUAUCGCGCAACAACAGCGGUCGAGAGAAGCUCUUCGGCGAAAUGUCUCCCAUGUCGCCCGAUGAACGGGAGCCGUCGCGCUAUGCUCGGCCAUACCCCGCCGACAAGGUCCAUAUCGCUUCUCGCGGUGAACCACAGUAUUCCCGAUACGAAUACCGCGAGCCGGAUGAUCGCUCACGACUUCGAGAAGCCCCGCGAAUGACGUCUCGACGGCCCUCGGUGAAUGCAUACUAG